AUGCAGAGACUCCCAACCCUCCUUCGCGCGGCCGCCCUGCCGCGACCGGUGCGCUGUUUCAGUACGACGGCUGCACGGCCCGCGGCCGAUGUGAAGAGCAUUGGUGUCAUUGGUGCCGGCCAGAUGACCGCUCAGGGCCUCGGCAUUGCCCUCGUAGCCGCACAACGCGCCGGCGUCCCCGUUACGGUCGUCGACUCGUCGCAGGCCUCGCUCGACAAGGGCCUCGCUUUUGCCGACAAGCUCUUGGCCAAGGACGUGAGCAAGUCGCGCAUCUCGCAGGAAGACGCCGAUGCUGCGCGCGCUCGCCUGACACCGACGACGUCGCUCGACGAGCUUGGGGGCGUCGACAUGGUCAUCGAGGCCGUCCCCGAGAUCCCGGACCUCAAGUUUGAUCUGUUCAAGCGCCUCGCCGGCAUCGCAGCGCCGCAUACCGUCCUGGCGACCAACACGAGCUCCAUCUCCAUCACCAAGAUUGCUGCGGCGGCCGCUGCCGCGUCCGGCCAGCCGCCUGCCUCCGAGGCCGCCGCCGCCAUUGCCUCGCGCGUCGUGGCCACGCAUUUCAUGAACCCCGUGCCCAUCCAGAAGGGCGUCGAGAUUAUCAGCGGCUUGCAGACGAGCGCCGAGACGCUGGCCACGGCUGUGGCGUUCUGCGAAAAAAUGGGCAAGAUCUCGUCGACGUCCGCCGACACGCCCGGCUUCCUGGCGAACCGCAUUCUGAUGCCGUACAUCAACGAGGCCAUCAUCUGCCUGGAGACGGGCGUGGGCGACCGCGAAAGCAUCGACGCCAUCAUGAAAAACGGCACCAACGUGCCGAUGGGCCCGCUGGUGCUGGCCGACUUUAUCGGCCUGGACACGUGCCUGUCGAUUAUGAAGGUGCUGCACACGGAGACGGGCGACAGCAAGUACCGGCCGAGCGUGCUGCUGGCCAAGAUGGUGGAUGCAGGUUGGCUGGGCAAGAAGAGCGGCAAGGGCUUCUACGACUACUAG